GCAAUGAGUAACUCAUUAAUAUAAUUCUGCCAAACGUGCUGUAAAAAGCAAAAGAAGAACAAAGAAAAUAUCCAUGGUUUAAAAUAUGUUGAGGCUUUUUACAAACUGAAAUACUUUACAAAAAUUUUGUAAGAAAAUGUCGCUAUGUGACGCCGAGAAAACCUUUAUUCUACACGGCGUAGCGGAGAAUUUUCGGAUAGAUGGCAGACAGCGUGAAGAUUAUAGAUACAUGGAACUCGAAACGGAUAUAGUAACACAUGCAUUCGGUUCGGCACGCCUUAGGCUUGCUAACACCGAUGUGUUAGUCGCUGUUAAAUUAGAAGUAGAUGUCCCUUUUCCAGAAAGGCCUUAUGAGGGAAAAAUUGAGUUCUUUGUUGAUUGUUCAGCGAAUGCCACCCCAGAUUUUGAAGGGCGCGGCGGGGAAAAUUUAGCGAUUGAAUUAGCAAACACAUUGGCUUCAGCCUAUAGGUCUCCAAAAGCAUUUGAUUUAACAAAAUUAUGCAUUCUGAAAGGCAGGAAAUGCUUUAAGAUAUAUGUAGAUAUUCUGAUUCUAGAGUGUGGUGGAAACUUAUAUGAUGCUGUAUCCUUAGCAGUAAAAGCAGCGCUGCAUACCACCAAGGUGCCUCUAGUAAAGUCCAUAAAUGUAGAUGGCAAUAAUGUAGAUUUGGAAGUAUCAGACAGUGUUUUUGAUUGCCGGCAACUCGAUGUGAAAUCUGCACCUGUAAUGGUCACUGUUUGCAAAAUUGGAGAGCACUUGAUAGUGGAUCCAAGCGCAGCCGAGGAACAGUGCGCAAUGACUUCUGUCGUGGUGGCCAUCUCUGGGGACAAAUUCAGCACAGUAUUGCAAAUAGGAGCCGGAUCAUUACAACCAGUUAGCCUUAUCGAGUCUCUAAAACUGGGACACCAAAUUGCUCUCCGACUCGACUUAGCAUUAACAGAAACCUUAAAUCAAAUUUCUUAUAAUCAUGAUGCAGGAUUUUUGAAGUAAAUGUUUUAGUUAUUA